AUGGCCUUAUCCUCCGGCCCUGCCGGUGGCCUGGCUGGGGACCUGCUGCCGUAUCAGAAUCAAUGCUCCUUGCGUGAUGUGGAGUCGAACGUCGAUCCUGCGAGCUACGAGCACUUCAUCGAGACUUUGCGCCAGGGCUCCGCGGGCUUGUUGCGCGUGGGCGCCGCCGCGCGGGUGCUGCAGCGCGAGGCGCAUAAGACCUCGACCUUCGCCAAGGCGGCGUUGGGCGCCGCGACGUCCAUUUUGGACGACCCCGAUGGCACGCCGGGCGUGCUGGCGAAGCGCGAGACCCAGCGUUAUGCCAUCGCCUGGUGGAACCGCUACUUCCGGGACCUCGCCAAGUACGAGCCGCAGAGGAUCCGAGCCCGACGGAGCAUGGCAGAUGCCAAGGCGGAGAAGGAGGAUCUUGAUUCGAAACUGAUGCAGCUGCAGUCCAUCAAUAAAGAUGAGUUCAGGAAGCGCUUGUCGGACCAGCGCGCGGACCUCAAAGAAAGGGAAUCCGAUUUCCAGUCCAACACCCAGACCAACUUGCAGAUGAAGCUGCAGAUGGCGGAGGGGGCCGGGAACAAGAUGGCGGCGGCGAAGUAUCGCGACAUGCUGGACGACUACUGGGUGAAGCGGGAGAGAGAGCAGGCGGUGAUCCAGGAGAUCAAGGAGGAUCUCACAAAGCAGGAGACCUUCCUGAAGAAGUUGCCUGGAGAGAUCAAGAGCGCCCAAUCCAAAGUGAAGAGCGUCAGCAAGCGCUACGAGAACGCGGCCAAGCGUUUGAGCCAGAUUAAGGGGCAUCUGGAGGAGCUCCAGCUGAACAUGCCCUUGAGGCCGACGAACCCCUACGAGAAGUUGCCAAAGGCCAAUUGCUUCCGCCUGGGCCGGACGCCGGUCGAGGCGGGCGCCGGCGCCAUGGGUGCGGCCUUCCUGGGCGCCGUGGGUGAAGAAAGCGCGAGGACCCUGGUGUGCAGUGUGGUGGGGGAAACGAUCGAAGUGCGCAGUGAGGUCCCAAGCGACCUCCCACGCCUGGGUUUGGUGCGCCGCACCCCACCCGCCGCCGUCCAUGGUGGCGUCGAUGCCACGGUGUUUGCGGCCGGGAACCACACCGCGCGGCACACCGCGCCGCGGGCGACGCUGCGGACGGCGCUGCGGCCGGGCAUGGGACGCUUGGAAGCAGUGCAGAGGGCCCAAGAGUGGCACUCCGAACAGCUACAGGAGCUUCAAGGUGAUGUGCGAGACCUCAAGCAGAUGCUCCAGGCCUUGGCACACCAAGCUGCUUCACGUCGGCCUUGGGACCCUGCCAACACGCACACGCACACGACGAACACGGUGGAUGGAUCUGGAUCUGCAGAGCGACUGGGGUCUCUGGGAGAUUUGGAGGCGGAUCAAAGUGUCAAGGAUGAGGUGCAGGGUCGACCUCGGACCACUCCUCCGCCCUGCUUCACCCCCUGCGGCGGCACCAUGGAUCCAGAGGAGUGGAGCUUCGGCCUCUAA